GGGGUGUGUGGGGGGUGUGUGGGGGUGAGGAGCACCGUCCAAAACAGACAUCGACUGCUGGUUACCCCGACGGGGAAGACUGAAUUGGUUUUGAAAUACAAUGGGGAAUGGCUUGGUGAAACCCAAACAUUUCAGGCAGCCAAGAAGUCAUAUCGUGAGGUUUUCCAUCAAUGGUAACAAGUCAGUGCGUUUGAAAGACUCUGAGACCGGGAUAAAUUUUAAAGCCACAGCAGAAGUACUAAGAAGCAGAUUACAAGAACUUGAAUUGGAGAAUAAAAGACAAGACGAACAACUGCGUGAGAAGGAGUGCACAAUACAGGGACUUGAAGAGCAGCUUUGCAGGCAGACCAGUUCAAUGGCUGAACUCACUCAGGAAUUACAGGCAAAAUGCGUUCAACUCAACAAACUGCAGGAUGUCAUUAAAACUCAGAGUGAAGUUCCUUUGGAUCCACCGCCGCCGUUAUCGUCAUUGCCAUCUCCCUUCAAAUCUGCGAACAGAAUUGUGAAUCAGUGCACUGGUUUGCUCAGAGACUUUACCAACAGAAGACAAGGAGCUAAGGAAGGUGUGUCAGCGGAACCCACCUCAAGAACAUAUGAUGCCAGGAAGUUGCCAGAGUUCUCUUUAGAAAAAGCCCGUGUGCGAAAAGACUCAUGCCUAAAGAAGCUUAUCACAGACGCCCUGAAUAAGAACGACUUUCUCAAGCGGUUGGAGAUGCAGCACAUCCGAAGCAUAGUGGAAUGCAUGUAUGAGAAGAACUACCAAGAGGACGAGUAUGUCAUCAAGCAAGGAGAGCCGGGCAACCAUCUCUUUGUGCUGGCAGAGGGCAAACUGGAAGUCUACCAAAAUAGUAAAUUUCUAACAACUAUCAGCAUCUGGACAACCUUUGGUGAACUCGCUAUCUUAUAUAACUGCACAAGGACAGCCUCUGUGAAAGCUGUAACCAGUGUAAAGACCUGGGCUUUGGACCGGGAAGUCUUUCAGAAUAUCAUGAGAGGUACAGCUGAGGCCAGGCGUGAGCAGUACCGAAAAUUCCUCAGAAGCGUUUCUCUGCUUAAGAAGUUGCCGGAAGAUAAACUUGCUAAAAUAGUGGAUUGUUUGGAAGUGGAAUAUUAUGAUCAAGGAGACUACAUUAUCCGUGAAGGUGAGGAAGGAAGUACCUUCUUCAUUUUGGCAAAAGGAAAGGUGCAAGUGACUCAGAGCACUGAGGCUCAUGUAGACCCACAGCUGAUAAAAGUACUGCAAAAAGGAGACUACUUUGGAGAAAAGGCUCUUGUCAGUGAUGAUGUCAGGUCAGCUAACAUAAUCGCUGAUGAAAACGAUGUGGAGUGCCUUGUUAUAGACAGAGAAACAUUUAACCAAACGGUUGGUACAUUUGAGGAGCUGCAGAAGUACCUUCAGGACUAUGUAGCAGAGCUGGCCAGAGAUGAUGAGAAAAGGCAUGCAAAGAGAUCAACAUGUGCACGAGGAGGAACAGUCUCUUUAGAGAUGAUCCAGUUGAAGGAGAAAGUUGCCAAGUUUCCUGCAACAAUACCAUUCCAGAACCUGGAAAUCAUUACCACCUUAGGGGUGGGUGGAUUUGGAAGAGUUGAACUGGUUAAAAUCAAAAAUGAAAAUGUAGCGUUUGCUAUGAAGUGUAUAAAGAAACAACAUGUUGUUCGCACAAGACAACAGGAGCACAUUCACUCAGAAAAGAAGAUUCUAGAAGAAGUGUGCUCUCCAUUUGUUGUAAAACUGUAUCGCAGUUUCAAAGACAACAAGUUUGUCUACAUGUUGUUGGAGGCCUGCCUUGGAGGAGAGAUCUGGAGCAUCCUCAGGGAUAGAGGCUGUUUUGAAGAGCCUGCUGCAAAGUUUUGCAUUGCUUGUGUGACAGAAGCAUUUGAUUAUCUGCAUAGCAUUGGAGUCAUAUACAGAGAUCUGAAACCAGAGAACCUGUUGCUGGAUGCUGAAGGAUAUAUAAAGUUGGUUGACUUUGGUUUUGCUAAGAAGAUUGGCAGAGGGCAUAAGACAUGGACAUUUUGUGGAACUCCUGAAUAUGUUGCCCCAGAAAUCAUUCUGAACAAUGGCCAUGACUUCAGUGUGGAUUUCUGGUCACUCGGGAUACUUGUCUUUGAGCUCCUCAUUGGAAGCCCACCAUUUUCUGGCUAUGAUCAGAUGAUGACUUACAACAUGAUUCUCAAAGGUAUAGAGAAGGUGGAUUUUACCAAGAAAAUACCAAAGCGUCCAGAAGACUUGAUUCGUAAGCUAUGCAAACAAAACCCAAAUGAACGUCUAGGAAAUCUGAAAAAUGGAAUAACUGACAUAAAGAAACACAGAUGGUUCAAUGGUUUCAACUGGGAGGGUUUGAAAGCCAGGACAUUAUUAUCACCUUUAAAACGAGAGCUACGAGGCCCUACGGAUUAUAGAUACUUUGACAGCUAUCCCCCUGACAAGGAUAUACCAUCAGAUGAACUAUCAGGCUGGGACAAGGAUUUCUAGGUCAAUGAAACAUCCUGCAUUGGAGUGGGAGAAAUGGGGGAAAAAUGCAACUGUUAUUGCUGGAUCGUUAGGAAGCAGAGUGACCUCAAGUGCGGU